AUGUCUCUUGUCGACUUUGGGACUUAUUACCAAUUCACACUCAUCAAGGAAGCAUUGAGUAACUCGAAACCCAAGAAAUGGCACAACAACAACAACAACAACAACAACAACAACAACGACGACGACGAUGACAACGGCAACGAUGAUGAUAAUGAUAGCCAAGGCAUCGUUAUCAUCAAAAAUUGCAUCCUAAAAUACAACUACUACAUCAACAACAACAACAACAUAAAAAUAAACAGGAAGAGGAAAAACAACGGCUACUAUUACUAUCACGGAAAGGACGAACCUACAGAAAUACAGCUCGGCAUAUACGUCAUAAGUUUCUACUCCAUCAGCGAACAGACAAUGGACUACUCAGUAAGCAUGUACUUCCGGCAAAUCUGGGUAGACGAGAGGCUGGCAUACGACGUGAAAGAUGGUCUGAAAAAUGUGACCCGGCUGGGAGAGGGCAGUUGGGAGACCAUCUGGACCCCGGAUAUCUUCUUACGCAACGAAAAAAGGGCCUCUUUUCACGAGGUCACGGUUGAUAACCGCCUGUUGACCCUGAAUCACACCGGGUCUCUGUGGUACGUUAUUAAGUGA